AUGGAAAAUCACUGGGAGAGAGUCAAUGCAAUUGUUCUACCUUGGAUAAUGAAUUCUGUGGCUAAGGGGCUGUUCGGAGGAAUUAUGUAUGCAUCUAGUGCUCAAGCUGUUUGGGAAGAUUUAUUAGAAAGAUUUAAUAAAAUUGAUGGGUCAAGAACCUUCAACCUACACAAAGAAAUUGCAACUUUAACUCAAGGGAUUGCCUCAGUCUCUGUAUACUUCUCAAGAAUGAAAGAUUUGUGGGAAGAGUUUGAGGCAUUAGUGCUUACUCCCGGGUUGAAUCAAGCAUAUGCAAUGAUAGUUAGUGCUGAAAGCCAAAAAUCAGUUGCAGCUAUGUCCGGUGUGUUAGGAACUAAUCCUAAUGCAAUUCCUGGUAGUUAUGGUAUGGCUAUGUACUCAAGAAGUGGUAAUAAUCAGCCUCAAAGAUUCAAGAAAAAUUACAACAUACAGUGUGAUUUUUGUAAGCUUAAAGGAUACAGCAAAGAAAAUUGCUAUAAAAUUGUAGGGUAUCCUGCAGAUUUCAAGAAGAAGAAAAAUUCUGGGAUUCACUAUCCUAAUCAUAGUGCAAAUGCAGUCAAUGUACUCACAGAUAACUCUCAGAUGGAUCAGAAUAAUCCCAUAACAUUCAACUAUGGGGUGAACACAAAUGUGGUAGAACAGAAUGCAAGUAAUAGCCUCAAUCAAAAGCCAAGUACAUAUGGUCUAUCAUGUGAGAAUGCUGCUGGAACUCAAUUAGGAAACUACACUUUCACCAAGGAUCAAUAUGAUCAAAUUGUCCAUAUGCUAAACAAGAUUUCAAUACCUUCAUCAGACAAUUCUGCAGCAAAUUUGACAGGUAAUCCUAAAGCUCUACUAGUCUCUGAUGAAUCUUAUAAUUGGAUUAUAGACACUGGAGCUACAAAUCACAUGGUUUCUGAUAUUAACAUGUUAGAUAAAUCCUCAAUAAUUGAGAUUGAAAAUCCAAAAAAAGUCUUCUUACCAAAUGGUGAUAUAACACAAGUCACACAUAUAGGUUCAAGUUCUCUAUCAGAUGAGAAUACAAUUUCUAAUGUAUUUCAUGUGCCACAAUUCAAAUUUAAUCUAUUAUCUGUGUCUAAGGCUACUAAGGAACUAAAAUGUUCAGCAACCUUUUUCCCUAAUUUUUGCUUCUUCUGGGAUCUCCUCACUGGAAAAGUGAGGGAGAUUGGUAAGGAAGAAGAUGGGCUCUACAUCUUACUAAGACAAAUAACGGAGAAGAAUAAAAGGAUUGCAUUAGCAGCCUCAGAAGUUGAAAAUCUAAACAAGCAGCUAGAUGUGGAUCUGUGGCACAAAAGACCUGGUCACUUGUCUACUAUAGGAUUACAGAAAAUUUUACAUGUUAGCUUACCAUUCAUUAGAGAAAAGAUCAGCAAAUGCACGGAACAUGAUAAAAUUAUGCCAAGAGCUAAUAAGGUUGUUCAUAUGGGAUACUCAGAGGUCCAAAAAGGAUACAUUUUAUUUGAUAUUGCUAAUCAGUCUUUCUUUGUUAGCAGAGAUGUGACAUUUAGGGAAGACAUAUUCCCUUUCAGUUAUAGAAACAAAACUGCAGCACAGUCCUUAUUUAUAGAUCCUACUCUGCAUACAGGGAUAACACUAGAUGUUAUACCUGAGACUAGUCUUACAAACAACCUUCCAAACACUAUGGUUCAACAACAAAAUCAAGACUUUGAAGUAGCAGAAACAGAUACAAAUACAAAUACACCUUCACCAAUUAUAGAUGUUCAGGUAUACUCUCAACACUUAGAACAAACUAUGACAGAUCAACAAAUACCUCAACAGACUCAACCUCAACAAAUUAUUGUUAGAAAAUCAACAAGAGACAAAAAUCCACCUAUAUGGAUGAAAGACUUUGUAUCACUGAAUAUUCACAGAGAUGAACCUUAUGCAAUAAACAAUUAUCUAGGAUAUGAUCAACUAUCACCCAAAUAUCAAUCUUAUAUGAGUGUGUUUUCUUCUGUUAUUGAGCCUGCAAACUAUUCUGAGGUAGUAAAAGAUCCUAGAUGGGUGGAAGCAAUGAAUGAAGAAAUAAAGGCACUUGAGAACAAUAAUACCUGGGAAAUUGUCACACUACCAGAAGGUAAGAAACCUAUAGGGUGUAAAUGGAUCUUCAAGAUCAAAUACAAAGCUACAGGUGAGAUUGAAAGAUUCAAGGCUAGAUUAGUAGCAAAGGGGUACAGUCAAAAGGAAGGGAUUGACUACCAAAAAAUAUUUUCACCUGUAGUGAAAAUGGUAACUAUUAGGACAAUUUGGCUUUAG